UCUUUCAGCACACUGAUGUGGUGGUCUUGUGUGUUUGUGAAACGCGAUUUUAGUCCGAUGGCAUGGAAGGCAAAAGGGGAGCGUCUCUCUUUAGUAUGUUUAGGGCUAGUUGUCGUAGUAUUGAACUCCUUUGGUCAGUGCGCUGCAGUAACACAAACAAGAUCGUCAAAAUCCUCCAUUGUCCUGGGACCCCAUUUGAAGGGGAAUCUUAACAAUGGUGAAGAGGAGCAGUCUACAGGUGCUGUGCGAUUUGGAAGGCUUAUACUUGGACGUAAUGUCAAACCAAGAAAUGCGAGUUUUUCUACUGAUGAACAUACUGUCUCCAAAGUCCGAUCCUCCAAUGGUUCACUGGAUGAUGCUGACUACCAGUCUGACAUGGGUUGGGAACCUAAGCAGCUGGGAGGACAUGUUUAUGGCACAAUUAGGCCAAGUAGUCCAGUGGUGGAAAGUCUCUUGCAGAUGGAACCAAGUGUUGAGUGUGUUGGCGACUCCAUGAAACUAAAGGUCCAUGACACAGGCUCUACACCAGGUUCUCUCUUUUCUGUGGACCGAGGAAAUCAGUCUCCCCUGCCUCUGUCACAGUUGCCCACAAACUGUGGUCAUUCCAUCAGCACCACUCACCAGGAUUGGAUUUUCAUUGCAAUCUAUAAUGGCUGUUAUGUCACACUGGAGGAUGGUAAUUAUGUUCUGCCUUUGCGUUGGUGGGGAUUACCAAUUAAAAUGUCCUGCCCUGCCAAAAAACCCUUUAAGCCCAACCCUCCUACUGUUUCCUGCUACCCUGAGGGCAUGGUGGUGAAAAUUGAAGGGGGCACCUCUGCCAAGGAUCUCAGGGUCAAGUUCAAAGGACACUGGCAGCCGUUGAUGAGCGUUUCGCCCCAUUGUGGCUACAGUGUGGUAGCUCAUCUAGAAGCUGUGACCAUUUCUGCUCAUUAUGAACCCUGUGUGGAACCUAAGGAUGGGAUGUUCACCCUUGAACUUGCUGGCGAGGGGGAGGUUAAAGUGUCCUGUCCUAGUCCUGUUGACCAGUCUUUCCCUCGCCCCAAUUACCCCCAAACCCCUGUGUUUCCGGUUCCUCCCACCAUUGCGCUUCAACCAAGUCCAAUGUUUCCUCCUCAGCCUACUUCACCCCCUAAACCCCAGGCUCCACUGCAUCCUUACUACACAAAGCCUGCUGAGAAGCCAAAACCUGCUACUCUACCUCCUGGUAACCCUCAGUAUUACUUUUCCUUCUACCCUCUGCCUGCAACUCCUCCCCCUGCUACCAAAGUUCCUCAGGGCCAUGAACAACAUCCUGACUACCGACAUCCCAAGCCUGUAACUAGCUCUCCACCUAAUGACCCCCAGCCUCCUUGGUAUUCCGAGUCCUUCUACCCUCGACCAGCCAAGCCUGUAACUAGCUCUCUACCUAAUGACCCCCAGCCUCCUUGGUAUUCCGAGUCCUUCUACCCUCGACCAGCCAAGCCUGUAACUAGCUCUCCACCUAAAGACCUCCAGCCUCCUUGGUAUUCAGAGUCCUUCUACCCUCGGCCAGCUGAGUCAGUUACUCGUAUGCCUGGCGAACUUCCCCCUGCAACAGAAGCUCCAAAUGACAAGGUGUACUAUCCUUACGACCGAUAUCCUUAUGACCCUCAGCCAGCCAAGCCUGUAACUCAUCCUCCUGUGACUCAAAGGCCUGCUACUGAAAAGCCAACAUCUCCACUGCAUCCUUACUACACAGAACCUGCUACGCAUCCUCCUGUGAACACUCAGUAUUACUUUUCAUUCUACCCUCUGCCUGCAACUCCUCCCCCUGCUACCAAAGUUCCUCAGGGCCAUGAACAUCCUGACUACCGACAUCCCAAACCUAUAACUGGUUCUCCCCCUGAAGACUACCAAAUUCCUUGGGAUUCCUUUGACCCUCAACCAUUUAAGCCUGCUACGUAUCCUGUGACUCCAAAGCCUACACCUGCCAUGCUUCCCCCUGCUACUGAAAAGCCAACAGCUCCACUGCGUCCUUAUUACCCAAAACCUGAUACUCUGCCUCCUGGGAACCCUCAGUAUUACUUUUCAUUCUACCCUCUGCCUGCUAAGCCUGUAACUCCUCCCCCUCAAGUGUCUACUCCUGCUACCAAAGCUCCUCAGGGCCAUGUGCAGCAUCCUUACUACCCACAUCCUCUCUAUCCACCACAUCCCAAGCCUGUAACUGGCUCUCCCCCUAAAGACCCCCAAAUUCCUUGGAAUUCCUUUGACCCUCAACCAUUUAAGCCUGCUACGUAUCCUGUGACUCCAAAGCCUACACCUGCCAUGCUUCCCCCUGCUACUGAAAAGCCAACAGCUCCACUGAAUCCCUACUACCCACAUCACUACCAACAGUUCUACCCUGAGCCAGCUAAGCCCAUUACAAUCCCACUUAGGCCUGCAACUCAAACACCAGAACAAACGCCACUUGUAGUCCACACAUGGAUACCUGCUCCUCAACAACCUAGUCAUCCAAGAACUACUCAAGCACCUCCAACUGUGUCUCCUAGUUCACCUCAGCCAGGUGACUCUUAUCCACCACAUCCUGGGUAUUGUCCUGCAGUCUGCCCUACUGGUUUCUUGACCUGCUGCCCCAUGCCCAUAUCUUUCCAUCAACACCACCACAACCAUUUUGGCCCUGUAACAUCCAAGGAUAGUGGUAUCAUUCCUGCUUACCCUUUCAAACAUACAUCUGACCUGUUCAAUUAUGCUUCAGUUUCUGGACCUACCCAAGCCACUACAACCCCACAACCUAUAACGGUUCAGACCGUUGCCCCCACUAAAAUGGCCUUGACUGGUUUCCAUGACUACUGGAGUCAGCAUGGAAUGAGGUUUUCGGCUUCGUAUGCCCAAGCACCUAGUGAUGCCAACAAGCCCUCAGAACCCCAACGUCCAAAGCAAUCACAUUUUCAGCCUUACAACCCACAGCCGCCAAUGCGCCCAUAUUUUGAAGCACCUGCCAGUGACUCCAACAAACCUAUGGCACAGCAACAACCAAUUCAGCCAUAUCUGCCCCAUAACCUACAGCGGCUUAUGCAUGCAUAUCCUCUGCCAUACAACCCACAAGGUCCAGUACAGCCACAUGGCCAAGCACCUGUUUAUUCUAACAAGCCCUUGGAACUUGAGCGACCUGCCAGUGAUCCAAGUAAACCAUCUGAACCUCAAUCGCUGUCUAGUGACCUCAACAAGCCCUUAAAACCCCAACCUUCAAAGUGGCCACAUUAUCCUUUCAGACCUCCAAUGUGGUAUGACCCUGACAUGUUCUACGCAUCCAAGCCUCUGCUGCAACCACACCACCAAACCCAACUGUCUGAAUCUGCAAUGCAGAUGCAUAGCACACUUGAACAACUGAGUCCUCCAGAACAUCCGCUUCAGCCUCCAAGACCAGUCAAGGAACUGGGUGGCUCCCUUCCCAUUAAUUCGAAGGGUAUCUCUAGCCUUCAGCAACGAAACCCCUCAGGCCAUCAAAUGCCUACCCAUUACGGCUCAUUGCCAAUAUAUUAUGCUGGUGCCAAACCAUCCUACCCCCAGAAACCUGCAGCCAAGCCUUCUGGUAAACCCUCCAGACCUGAAUUUCCAGAGUCAUUUGAACACUAUUGGAAGCCCAUUGUGCCACUAGGGCCUAACGAAGGGUUCCAUGUCUCUUACCCGGCCCAGUCCGCAGGAGGUUCUUACCCGGCCCAGUCCGCAGGAGGUUCUUACCCGGCCCAGUCCGCAGGAGGUUCUUACCCGGCCCAGUCCGCAGGAGGUUCUUACCCGGCCCAGUCCGCAGGAGGUUCUUACCCGGCCCAGUCCGCAGGAGGUUCUUACCCGGCCCAGUCCGCAGGAGGUUCUUACCCGGCCCAGUCCGCAGGAGGUUCUUACCCGGCCCAGUCCGCAGGAGGUUCUUACCCGGCCCAGUCCGCAGGAGGUUCUUACCCGGCCCAGUCCGCAGGAGGUUCUUACCCGGCCCAGUCCGCAGGAGGUUCUUACCCGGCCCAGUCCGCAGGAGGUUCUUACCCGGCCCAGUCCGCAGGAGGUUCUUACCCGGCCCAGUCCGCAGGAGGUUCUUACCCGGCCCAGUCCGCAGGAGGUUCUUACCCGGCCCAGUCCGCAGGAGGUUCUUACCCGGCCCAGUCCGCAGGAGGUUCUUACCAUUUAGUUAGCGGCCGGGAUGCUCGACCCUUCUCAUCCUUCAGUUAAUGGUGUUGAUGCCGACCCAGAAGCGGUCAUGUUUUCCCAAUAAAGUAAUUAACUGACAA